AUGGUUGAAGUAUAUUACCACGAUAAUAAAGAUACAGUUGACAAUUUCACUGAACCUCAUGAUUCAGGCAGACCAGUCUCACUAGAAGAUUUAUCCAAAAUUGGCGUUUUCUACAAGCAUAUCACAACAAAAGAAGAACUCGAUGCACUAGCUAACGAAAGACAUUACAAGAACAGAGACGAAGUGAAUUUAAAUUUGGCAGCUUUUAAUAAUGAUAUGAAUGCAUAUAAUGCCAAAAUGCAACAAUUCUAUAAAGAACAUUACCAUGAAGAUGAAGAAAUUAGAUACAUUGUUGAAGGCGAAGGUUACUUUGAUGUUAGAAACACAGGCGAUGAGUGGAUAAGAGCAAAAUUAGUCCCCAAUGAUUUGCUAAUCUUGCCUGCUGGAAUUUAUCAUAGAUUUACAUUGACUGAUGCAUUGAAGCUGGUUAGAGCUGUUAGAUUGUUCAAAGAUCAACCAAAAUGGGAAGCAAUCAAUCGAGAUUCUGGAAGAGAGUCUGAGGCUCGCUUAUCGUAUGCUAAAACAGUGGCUGUUUGA